AUAGUUUAGUUAAUUCACCUCUACUCUUCUUCUUCUUCUUCUGUUAUAAAUCAAACACCCAGAAGAACCAGAAGCAUUUGUUUCUCUGUCUGAGUCACCUCAUCACUCCCCGCUCUCCAUGGCUGAUGCUAAACAACCCCACUUGAACGGCGCCUACUACGGCCCUCCCAUCCCUCCCCCACGGUCGUACCACAGGCCGGGCCGCCGCAGUGGCUGCGGUUGCGGCUGCUGCCUACUCAACCUCUUGUUCAAGCUCAUAGUCACCAUCCUGGUCAUCAUCGCCAUCCUCGCCCUCGUCUUCUGGCUCGUCUUUCGCCCCAACAAGGUCAAAUUCCAUGUCGUUAACGCUUCCCUCACCAACUUCAGUCUCGCCGGCAACACUCUUAGCUACAACCUUGCACUCAACAUGACCAUCAGGAACCCAAACAAGCAUAUCGCUAUCUACUACGACAGCAUCGAAGCUAGGGCCUACUACGAUGGUGUGCAGUUCGGCACGGACACUCUGGAACCUUUCUACCAACGCCACAAGACCACUUCCUUCCUCAAUCCUCUCUUCCGAGGCCCAUCGCCACUGGUUCUCGGAAGCUCCGAACUUGCUCAAUUCAAUAGUGACAAGGCUGCGGGAUCUUUCAGUAUUGAUGUCAAGCUCUAUCUUCGGGUCAGGUUCAAGCUUAGAUCGAUCAAGACUAAUAAGUUCAAGCCGAAGAUCAAGUGCGACCUGAAGGUUCCUUUGGUUUCUCGUCGCAGCUCGGCCGCUGGGUUUGAGACCACGAGAUGCGAUAUAGAUUACUGAUCGUCAGAGUUCAGGGAUCUUUGUUUUUUCCCGCCUGUGUAGUGUGUACCAUCCAUCUAUUUCAUUUCUGAUCAUUUGUUGAUUUCUUUUUUUACUUUGGUUUUCGUUGGUCACAUAUAUCGGCUGCCAUGUUCUUUCCUUGGUAGCACAUAGGUUGAUACUGGUUACAUUUUUGGUGAUUGAUUUUGUGAUACCAUAUAAACUACUGUAUGUGAAUAAAUAAAUGAUAAUAUGAUGGGGGGUUUUGAUUUUUAUAGUAGAAGUUAUGGUUGUGUAGCCUCCUUGCUCCUCACUCCACAUGAAAA